CCAGGAUGAGGUCCCAGUGUUUCAGGAAUCUAUUUUAGAGGUCCAUCAUCUUGGUGCCGAAAUCGAGCUACCUAUAGUUGACACAGAUGCGUCUGAUAUUACAGUUGGUGCUGCUGCUCCUGUUUCUGCUGCUGAAAGUUUUUCUGAAAAGGCAUCUGACUUUGCAGCACAUAUGCAUGCUGCAAGUGCUUUGUUAACAGAAGCGUUAGCAUCUGAAAGAGAAGAGUCUGAAAGAAGUACCCAAGAGGCUACUGUAACAGUUCGAUUCAUGCUACAUCCUGCUAUCCAGGUUUUCACUAAGUCUUUUAACAUUAACCAAACUGUGGAGCAAAUGAAGAAGUACUUCGUAGGACGCUUAAAAAUACCACUGGAUAUUUUACAAAUUAUGUUGCUAGGGCGAAUAACUGACAAUAGUGAAACACUAUGGAAUCUUGAUGCUAAACCUUAUGGGACCAUACAAGUUGAUAUGUUCUCCCUUGAUGAAGAAAACUUUCCCCUUAAAGCAUCUAAACUCCUAGAGGAAUACUACAUGCCUGAUGUUAUAACUUUUAAAGUGCAAACAGAUGCAGACACAUUUAAGGAAGUAAACGUGUCAAUUAAAAGGCCAAAUUUUCAGAAACCGUUUUUGGGUGGAUAUAGACAUAAAGAAACAGGCACAGAAUAUCAUAAUGCUGGAUCACAGACAGACCCCAAAAAACGUCCAGACAAAGGCUAUGAAGAGUUCUGUAGGUCAACACAGACAGUUGUUGAGAGGAAAAAGGUGCAAAGUACGAGAAAUACAACUUCCACUCAGAUGACCAAAAUUGGUGUCUAUAUGUCAAAUGUCACUGACAGAUUGAUAGAACCAAAAGGUUAUGUGACUGCUGAUGAAUACCAUGCACGAAGACUUCAGGCAGUAAUUGUUCUACAAACUUAUGUCCGACGAUGGCUAGCUAUGACUUUAGUAAAUAAACUAAAAGAAGAAUUGCGAUUGAGACUGGAAUGGGAAGAACAAGAAGAACUAAGGAGACAGAGAGAGAGGGAAGAAAAACUGCUAAAGGAGUAUAAUCGAAGGCUGAAUCCUAGAACAAAGGAUGAUUUUGAAUUACUCUAUCAUGCUUUAGAAUUAUGGAGGCAAGAGGAGCUUGAGAAUAUCAACAGCACUCUCACUGGAGCCGAACGGAAGGCAGCUCUCUGUGGACUGUUAGAAAAAGAGGCCCAGCUGAUUGCUACCAUCGGGAGACACAAAAUAAACGCAUAUGAAGAGAGCUCGCACCAAGCAAUCCUGUCCUUCUUGGAAAAGUGUGCAGCCCCCAAAAAGUGGAAAGCAUUUGAUGGCAAAGUUACAGAGAUGGAUACGCAGUUCACGCUGCGGGCCAGGGAGCUGCUCGAAAUCUACCGCAGCAUUAGUAUGAAAGACCUUCCGCAGGAUGAACGGCUGGAUGUGCUGCUAACGCUGAAGCACACGGUGAAGGAACAUGACUCUAAACUCACACAUGAUAUCGUGGAAUUGAUUGACAGAGAAGCAGACCUCAUGAUGAGGGGAGUGAAGGAAUGUAACUUAGACGGGCUCAGACAAAGAAUAUGUACAUUAUUUCUUCAGUAUAUCAAAACACCACUUUUUAAUCCAGAGGUUGCUAGAUAUCUCAAGGUUCCACCUGAUCCAAUGAGGCUUUACCACAACAUCCACUUUUGCCUUGGUUGCAAAAGGUACCUGCCCUCUACGGAUUUUGCCAUAUCUGUUAGUUCACACACUGUUGGCCGUUGCCGUCUGUGCUGCAAGCUGGAUAAUGAGGCUCGUCAGAGGGAAGCCUUCUUGAAAUACAAACGUAUGCUCCGGAAUCUCCGAGAAUCAGAAUUGAAUUACAAGGACGGUGCUAAGAUUGCCUUCAUAAUACAGCUGCAAGACCUGCGCUAUAUGGUUGAAAAUUUCUGGGGUUCUCAGUCAGCUAUCAGUGCCUGGGGAGAUCUGCAUGAUCUUGUCAUGGUCAGGUGGAAUAAAUACCAAGAAUGGUCUCCCUGGAACACUCUCCUUGUCAAAAAGAGCGAGGCAGAGCCUCACCUCAGACUGAAGGAUCUCGAAAAGGCUUAUGAGAUGAUGUUUAUCCAUAAGAUAAGGCACAAGCACAUCCUUGCAAGAAACUAUUUCUCCCAGUUCCCAGAGCUGGCAGCAGCUUUACAUAGGGAUGACAAGCAGACUAACACUGAUGAUCUUUUAGUAACAAGGUCUUUAACGGCUGGCCCAUCCAAGUAACACACCAAGGAUCUACAAGCUUGCUUCUGCUUGAAGGAUAUACAUACAAGUAUUCACAGCACUGAUUCGUUGUUUGAAGAACCAGUGCAAUCUCAAGAGGCGGAAACACUUUUUCUGUCUCCUUCUUAAUUGUGCCUUGGCAAGAAUGCAACUGUGUUAACAAAUGGAUUCCAAAUAAUUAUUGUUGUGCUGCGUUUA